AUGAUUGUGACGGUUAGUCUUCCUCGGAAUCCUGGACAACCUCAUCGUUGUGUACUCGUGGAAAGGUUAGACAAUGACCUUCUAUGGAAAGUGGCUCGAACCUUGGUUAGGACCACUGACAUCUCAAGAGUACGUGUGCUGAACCUUUGUGACCGGGAACAGAUUAUAGAAAAAGGCACACUGGUUGGUACUUUUGAGGAAGUGGAUUGGUUACGUCGGUGCCAAUGUAUAUCGAGUGGGACCCCGAGCAAGGAUUCAGAAACGAGAGUGACCACACUUUUGGAAGACUGUCGCAGCAUUCUCUCCCCGACAGAAAUGGUCAAGGCGAAGAAGUUGUUACUCAAGUAUGCCGAUGUAUUCUCAUCAAACGAUGCUGACAUAGGAAAGACUGGCUUAGUUCAACACAAAAUAAACACAGGAGAAGAAUUGCCUAUCCGUCAGCGGCCAAGAAGAUUGCCGGUAGCACGUGAAAAGGAAGUGGAAACCAUGAUUGAGGGAAUGGUGAAGGGUGGUGUUAUUGAACCUUCAUCUUGUCCAUGGUGUUCAACCGUGGUGCUGGUAAAGAAGAAGGAUUGCAGCAUGCGGUUCUGUGUUGAUUACCGCCGUCUGAACGACGUUACAAAGAAGGACAGCUAUCCCUUGCCAAGAAUUGAUGACACGCUGGACAUGCUUAGAGGAGUAAAAUGGUUUAGCACGCUGGAUCUAAAAAGUGGCUACUGUCAAGUUGAAAUUGACCCCAAGGACAAGGAGAAAACUACGUUCUCGACGGGAAAGGGUCUGUGGCAAUUUAAUGUAAUACCGUUUGGGUUGUGCAAUGCUCCAGCAACGUUUGAAAGGCUGAUGGAACUUGUACUUACUGGGCUGAUUGGCGAUGCCUGUCUGGUCUACUUGGAUGACAUCAUCAUCGUAGGCCGAUUCAAAACCUGUAAUGCGUGCUCAUGA